GUCAUCCAUACUACUUCCCUCAUAGGAUAGCCCGGAAGCGGAAGUCGUUUGGGGAAACGGAAAAGCCCGGAGCCGGUUCCCAGCCCAGGCGGAGAUCUGUACUUGGAUCACUUGUCGAGAGGGUGUAGGGCCGGUCGUCUGCCGUGGGUUGCUGCCGCCUGUCAGGGCAGCAGAGCUCGGACGUCACCGCGCUGCACCCUCCAGCUCUGGAUUGGAUCCUGAGACAGAAUAGAUGCAUCCUUUGGCAGCUGAUUGCACCUUCCACUAGAGACAGCAGCCCAGGGAUGAAAUAUUUUGGGGUUCUAUUUCUUCAUUCUGGAAGCCAUCCAGUUUGUUCCAGAAACAUUGAUCAUCUCCUUCCUUGACAUACCCUUAAUGAAAGUCUGAUGGACAGACACUUUUUGUUGACCUUUUGGCUGUGUUCUCUCAUGUGGGAGUUGAAGACAAGGUGAAAGGGCCAAGUUACCUGCUCUGGUGAAUAGGAGCGCUCCACUUGGUUCUUGGAACAUGGGCCCUCGUUUAAAGUUGCAGCUGUGAUCCUUGGCUAUCUGUUGGCAUUGAAGGGACCUGAUGUUUUACGUUAUUGGUGGAAUCACAGUGUCUGUGGUUGCAUUCUUCUUCACAAUUAAGUUCCUCUUUGAGCUAGCCGCACGUGUAGUCAGCUUCCUCCAGAAUGAGGACCGUGAGCGCCGAGGGGACCGGACUAUUUAUGACUACGUGCGGGGAAAUUACCUGGAUCCCCGGUCUUGCAAAGUCUCCUGGGAUUGGAAGGACCCCUAUGAGGUGGGCCACAGCAUGGCCUUCCGAGUGCAUUUAUUCUAUAAGAACGGCCAGCCUUUCCCUGCACAUCGGCCUGUGGGACUAAGAGUUCACAUCUCUCAUGUGGAGCUAGCAGUGGAAAUUCCAGUGACCCAGGAAGUCCUCCAGGAGCCCAGUUCCAACGUGGUCAAGGUGGCCUUCACUGUACGCAAGGCUGGGCGUUAUGAAAUCUCCGUGAAACUUGGUGGAUUAAAUGUGGCCUAUAGUCCCUACUACAAGAUUUUUCAGCCUGGAAUGGUGGUUCCUUCCAAGACCAAAAUUGUGUGCCAUUUUUCUACUCUUGUGUUGACCUGCGGGGAGCCACACACUCUUCAAAUAGUGCCCCGAGAUGAGUAUGACAACCCAACCAACAAUUCUAUGUCCUUGAGAGACGAGCACAAUUACAGCUUGUCCAUUUAUGAGCUCGGUCCCCAAGAGGAAGAGCAUACUGGUGUCUCAUUUGAGAAAUCAGUGACAUCCAACACGCAAACCUGCCAGGUGUUCUUGCGACUCACCCUGCAUUCUCGUGGCUGCUUCCAUGCCUGCAUUUCAUAUCAAAAUCAGCCAAUCAAUAACGGUGAAUUUGACAUUAUUGUCUUAAGCGAGAAUGAGAAGAAUAUUGUUGAACGCAAUGUGUCCACCUCAGGAGUGAGCAUUUACUUCGAGGCUUAUCUUUAUAAUUCUACCAACUGUACCAGCACACCGUGGCACCUGCCACCCAUGCACAUGAGCUCUUCCCAGCGCCGGCCUUCCACGGCUGUUGAGGAGGAAGAUGAAGAUUCACCUUCUGAAUGUCAUACCCCUGAGAAGGUGAAGAAACCGAAGAAGGUGUACUGCUAUGUAUCACCAAAGCAAUUCUCCGUGAAGGAGUUCUACCUGAAGAUCAUUCCUUGGCGCCUGUACACCUUCCGAGUGUGCCCAGGAACCAAAUUUUCAUACCUUGGCCCUGACCCCGUCCACAAGCUCCUUACACUGGUGGUGGAUGAUGGCAUUCAGCCUCCUGUGGAGCUCAGCUGUAAGGAGAGGAACAUCCUCGCGGCCACUUUCAUCCGCUCCCUCCAUAAGAACAUCGGAGGCUCUGAGACCUUUCAGGACAAGGUGAACUUUUUCCAGCGAGAGCUUCGACAGGUACAUAUGAAAAGACCACAUUCCAAAGUCACCCUGAAGGUCAGCAGACAUGCCUUGUUGGAAUCGUCUCUGAAAGCUACUCGGAAUUUUUCCAUCUCAGAUUGGAGCAAGAACUUUGAAGUGGUUUUCCAGGAUGAAGAAGCUCUGGACUGGGGAGGGCCUCGCCGGGAAUGGUUUGAGCUAAUCUGCAAAGCACUGUUUGAUACCACCAGUCAGCUCUUCACUCGAUUCAGCGACAACAACCAAGCACUCGUGCACCCCAACCCUAACCGCCCCGCUCAUCUGCGCUUGAAGAUAUAUGAGUUUGCGGGGCGGCUCGUGGGCAAGUGUCUCUAUGAGUCCUCUCUAGGAGGAGCCUACAAGCAGUUGGUCCGUGCUCGCUUCACCCGUUCUUUUUUGGCCCAAAUCAUAGGACUACGUAUGCAUUACAAGUACUUUGAAACAGAUGACCCAGAAUUCUACAAAUCUAAAGUUUGUUUCAUCCUUAACAAUGACAUGAGUGAAAUGGAGCUGGUCUUUGCAGAAGAGAAAUAUAACAAAUCAGGUCAAUUGGAAAAGGUUGUAGAACUCAUGACGGGUGGAGCUCAAACCCCCGUCACCAACACAAAUAAAAUCUUCUAUUUAAAUUUGCUGGCCCAGUAUCGGCUGGCCAGUCAAGUGAAAGAGGAGGUAGAACAUUUCCUAAAAGGCCUGAAUGAGUUGGUCCCUGAGAACCUUUUAGCUAUUUUUGAUGAAAAUGAGCUUGAGCUGCUGAUGUGUGGGACUGGGGACAUCAGUGUGUCUGACUUCAAAGCUCACGCAGUAGUCGUUGGUGGCUCAUGGCAUUUCAGAGAAAAGGUCAUGAGGUGGUUUUGGACCGUGGUUUCCAGUUUGACCCAGGAGGAGCUGGCUCGGCUUCUUCAGUUCACGACAGGCUCUUCUCAGCUACCACCCGGAGGCUUCGCCGCCCUCUGUCCCUCAUUCCAGAUUAUUGCUGCGCCAACCCACAGCACGCUCCCAACUGCACACACGUGUUUUAACCAGCUGUGCCUCCCCACGUAUGACUCGUACGAAGAGGUGCACAGGAUGCUGCAGCUGGCCAUCAGCGAGGGCUGCGAGGGCUUUGGCAUGCUCUGACCGCCCUCCUGCAUUCCUCUUAGCUCCUGUGCUUUCUGGAGCAUCUGGGUGCACGCAACAGACAUCAUAACCACUGAUGCUAACACAACACAUAACCAUCAGUCAGAAGCUGCUGCAUGCUGCCCAGUGUCUGGAGUGUUUGGUCACCUACAAGCCUUGUCCUUCCCUCGCCCCCCUCUCUACCCAUCCCCCAACAGGCCACUUUGUCAUGGUAUGUAACCUGAGCUGCUUGCUCAGUCACAAGAAGAGGACCACGCUGCUGUAAUUUCACUUGGUUCCUAGAUCUCAGUAGCAGGAGCUGCCUCAUUAGCUGAAGGAGAGUACAAAAAAGGGCUCAGCUCUCACGGGAAAGCUGCUGUCCUCGCCUUGCUCCACCUCCUCUGCUAUGCUCCUUCGAGGUCCCCGCCGUGGCCCUCAUUGCUUGACCUGAGGUCUGUGCAUCCUUUGUGGGGGCAGGGUCCUGCCUUUUCUCAUCAGGAGCCAGGAGAAGCACAGAAAGGAAGUGGCCCACAUGCUCAGUCUUUGGUUUCGUCCCUCUGCACAAUGGCAGGCACAGGUGGUGGCACUGGACUACCUCUAAUGGGGACUGAGAGCACAAAAGGAUGUUUUUUGUGGUGUCCGAACUGGAAAUGGAGCUUUCCCUGCAGGCAUUUCUGGAAAUGAUCAUUAAUCCCUAAAGAAGAACUCUUAAGUUUUUUUUUGAGUUUGAGCCAGUGAGAAAAACAGACCUAAGCAUGUGAAAGAUAGCUGGGCUGUGGCCUCCACUGCUGAGUGUGAUUCUCCUUUAAGGUUCGGGGCACGUCUAGGCAAAUGGCUGGCUUGAAGACUAUACUGGUGCUGGUCCUGGAGUUCGUUCUUCACACUGAGGUGUAGCUGGGCCUGGCCACCUACCUCCAAGUUAUGCAGUCUCCUAAGAACUUUCUACUGAAGACAAUUUUGGAGCAAUGGACUGGGAGCAUAAGAAUAGCAUCCCAGUGGUCCUUGCUUCUCUCUUUGCUUGGUGUUGUCUGGCAGCACUGAGGCAAAGGGAAAAGGGACCAGCAGUUUAAGUGCUUAUCACAGGUCCCUGGGACAGGACACCAGGAACACAGAUAGAGGAGAUACGUCAGGCAGUCAACACCUAGCUGUCCCAGUUGCUUCCCUUCACUGCUUCAGUUACCAGCAAGGGGAACUAAGGAGAGAGGAAGAUACAUUAGGUUCACUGUACAUGGUGAUUCAAGAGAACCUGCUGCUGUCUCUUGGACGAUGGCAGCAUCCUUUUUCAUCAUGAUUUGAAUGAAAACCAUGUCAAGACUCAAAAUCUCAUCCACUUCCCCAAAUUUCUUUUUUUAAGAAGGCUUUGCUGCAAGCCACCAUUCCCAAUGGGGCAUUCAACUCUGAGAAUAUUACAAGCCAUCUUUGUCGCCAAAACCAGCAAGUACACAAGAGUCCAGAGAGGAGGCAGGACUUGUGGCAAAGCCUUGGCCUCCUGGAAACGUGUCUGAGCCCUCCUGUUCCCAGGGAUCGCGAGGAACAGGCCUCCUGAGCUGCUACUGUUCCUGCUUGACCGUGCUCCCUGGCAGUUGUCAUUUGUCCUUCUUGGUGUGGGUGCUGACCUCACUCAUUCCUGGGGUCCGGGAUCCAGCAUCAGGGCCUCUACACCACAGGGUCCUCCAUGCCACACGGUCACUGCUCUCCUCAGGGACCAGGACAAGGUGCUGCUGCUCGCCCCAGUGCUUUCCCAGGGGCUGUAUAUGGGUGGCUUCAGCGUUACCCCGGGAAACACGAUGCUGCCCCUCCGGCCCAGAGAGGAGUUUCCAACUGGGGGCGCGUGGGCUGGUUCCGCUGUCUUUGGCAGAUAUUCCUCUCUUGAUUCUACAUUCUCCCCUCCAGCAGCCCUCCACAGAUGGAGGCUGGAGCUGGAUUUGAUUUUCUUGGCUAGACCUGUCCUAGCACUUUUCAAAGCAUCCCGGGCACCACUGCCGCCCAGCUGCGGCAGCUGCGUCCUGUGGUGGUCCUUAGCCCCGGGGUCUUGGUUUAACAAACCCCUUUGGUACUGUUGUGGUUUUCUAUUCCACUGUACUCUCCUAACUCUGUUCAAAUGUGCAUCUGCUCUUUUUGGCCUUUUACCUCUCCCCCCGCCCCCAGUCCUGCCUUGGUACUCGCCUGUGUGGGCGGAAGGUACAGUAUGUCGGAGAGAAGGAAUAGUGUCUGUCACUUCUUGGGCAAUUUUAUAUUCACGUUUCUUAUUUUGGCUAGUUCUUUUAUUUAUGCCCUUGUGGCCCAGGUACUUCGGGGGUCAGCUAACCUCUUGGCAUUUCAAUGUCUUUGAAGGAGACCAGACACCAAGUGAACACCAAGUGACACCAAGGAGAAUAUCAGCAUGUUUCUACAACUUCAGCAGAGACCAAGCCCUGCUGCAAAUUUGUCAGGCCAGGCAAAAGGGCCAGACAGUUGCAGUGAUAGUGUAAAU